CUGGGACUCAGGCAUGCCUCUGAGAAUCAUAAAUUGAUGGAGAAUUUAAGUGGAUGUAUUUAAACCUGGUACACAGCAGUGCUGGAUCUGAGAUGUGCAGUGGGAUGGCGCUGCAGAUCAUUCUGCUGGCACAGACAGUCCUCUGGGCUGCAGCACAGACUCCACCAUGCAGAAUACUGGGGAGGGCAGCCAAGCCUAGCUUCUAUCAACAUGGAGACAUCAACAUCGGCGGGGUCUUCUCCCUGCAUUAUAUUCCUUUGGACAUGACCAUCGAAUUUAAUGCCAAACCAGAACCACUCAGAUGCCCUCGAGUUGACUUCAUAGAACUCCAGGCGGCCCAGACUAUGAUCUUCGCCAUUGAAGAAAUAAACAACAGAACUGACCUCCUCCCAGGAGUGUCUCUAGGAUAUAAAAUAUAUGACACCUGUGUCUCUGCAGCAUUUUCUAUACAAGCAGCCAUGGCUCUGAUGAACGGUUAUGAGGAAACACUGACCGACACAUCCUGCUCCACACCAGCCGUAGUGCAGGCCAUCAUUGGAGAAUCAGGAUCUACAAACACUAUGGCAAUUGCUGAAAUAGUAGGAUUGUUUCAGAUUCCAGUGAUCAGUCAUUUUGCAACAUGUGCAUGUCUGAGCAAUAGAAAAAGGUUCUCCACAUUCUUCAGAACCAUUCCCAGUGACUAUUACCAGAGCAGAGCACUGGCUCAGCUGGUGAAGCACUUCGGAUGGACCUGGAUAGGAGCAGUGAGAAGUGACAGUGACUAUGGCAACAACGGGAUGGCCACAUUUAUAAAAGCUGCUGAACAGGAAGGGAUCUGCAUUGAGUAUUCAGAGAAAUUUCACAGAACAGAACUGAAGAAAUUACUGAAGGUUGUAGAUGUUAUCAAAAGAGGUACUGCAAAGGUAAUUGUAGCCUUUCUUAGUGAGGGUGAAAUGAUCAAGUUACUGGAGCAGCUAACACUUCAGAAUAUUACAGGUCUCCAAAUGAUUGGUUGUGAAAGCUGGAUGACAUCAAGCAGUUUAGUAACACCUACAACUUUCAGAAUACUGGGAGGGUCUAUUGGCUUUGCUGUUACCAAAGCCAAAAUAAAUGGCUUCAAAGAGUUUUUGUUGAAACUUCACCCAUCUCAGUACCAAAAUAAUACUGUUGUCAUUGACUUUUGGGAAAAUGUGUUUCAAUGUUCACUAACAAAUGAAAACAACGUACCUCACAUGAAUCCCUGCACUGGAUCUGAGAGCUUAAUUGAACUGGAAAAUGAAUACACUGAUGUAUCAGAGCUGAGAAUCUCCAGCAAUGUUUACAAAGCAGUAUAUGCUGUUGCUCAUUCUCUACAUGGCUUAUUGGCAUGUACACCCCAUCAAGGCUGCACAAGCAGUGUGAAAACAGAGCCCUGGCAGGUAAUUAAGGCUAUGAAAAAAGUCAAUUUCACUUUGGGAACUGGAGAGAAAGUCUCUUUUGACAGUAAUGGAGAUCCAGCGGCAAGAUAUGAGGUGGUGAACUGGCAGCUUGGUCCUGAUGGUGCAGUAAAGUUCAAGGUGGUUGGCUACUACGAUGCCUCGUUACCAGUUGGGCAGCAGUUUGUGAUGAGCCCUGUUACUAUGGUGUGGGCAGGCGGGCAAAAACAGAAAUCCAGGUCAGCGUGCAGUGAGAGCUGUCCCCCAGGCACCCGGAAGGCUGUGCAGAGAGGAAGGCCUGUCUGCUGCUAUGACUGUGUGCCCUGCGCUGAGGGAGAAAUCAGCAAUACCACAGAUUCUAAUAACUGUAUUCAGUGUACAGAAGAAUACUGGUCUAAUGCUAAAAGAGAUCAAUGUGUUUUAAAGGCUGUCGAAUUUCUGUCAUUUCAUGAAAUUAUGGGAAUCGUGCUUGCUCUUUUUUCUAUAUUUGGAGCAUGUGUUACUGCAUUUGUGGCUGUAUGGUUCUAUAUAAAGAAGGACACACCCAUUGUGAAAGCCAACAACUCAGAGCUGAGCUUCCUGCUGCUCUUUUCAUUGAAACUGUGUUUCCUUUGCUCUCUUACCUUCAUCGGCCGGCCCUCUGAGUGGUCCUGUAUGUUGCGCCACACUGCGUUUGGGAUCACCUUUGUCCUCUGCAUCUCUUGUGUUCUGGGAAAAACAAUAGUGGUGUUAAUGGCCUUCAGGGCUACACUUCCAGGCAGUAAUGUCAUGAAGUGGUUUGGGCCUCCCCAGCAGAGACUGAGUGUUCUUGCUUUCACUCUCAUACAGGUCCUUAUUUGUGUGCUUUGGUUGACAAUAUUCCCUCCUUUCCCCAACAAGAACAUGAAGCACUACAAAGAAAAGAUCAUUCUAGAAUGUGAUGUAGGAUCAGCACUGGGGUUCUGGGCUGUGCUGGGUUAUAUUGGGCUCCUCUCUAUAUUGUGUUUUGUUUUAGCUUUUCUGGCUCGUAAGCUGCCUGACAACUUCAAUGAAGCCAAAUUCAUCACAUUCAGCAUGCUCAUAUUCUGUGCAGUCUGGAUCACCUUUAUACCAGCUUAUGUCAGUUCACCUGGAAAGUUAACUGUAGCUGUGGAGAUAUUUGCAAUUUUAGCAUCUAGUUUUGGCUUGCUAUUCUGUAUCUUUCUUCCAAAAUGUUAUAUAAUAUUAUUCAGACCUGAACAAAAUACAAGAAAGCAUAUAAUGGGUAAAACAGAUGUGAAAUCCAUCUAACAUGGUCGUGUACUUAUUGUGCGUCGCUUUGGAUAAAAACGCCUGCCAAAUAAAUGUAAUGUAACUGUAAUGCUUGUAGAUUUCUUGUUAGUUGCAGCAUUUUGCCCAGAGUUAAAGGCUAUCUGGUGACAUACCAUAAAUUUUAAAAUACAAAUGUACAGGAAAUA